CGUUUGUUUUCUGGUACUAGAGAGUAAGUUCUGGUGAGGAUGAAUCACUAUCAGAUGAAGAAUAUGUGCCAAAGUCAGAGUCAGACAGUGAAUCUGAGAGUUCAGUAGAGUUACAAGGAGAAUGCCCCUUGAAUAUGGAGAAACGAAAGGCUAUUUAUUCCCAGAUUGCCAAGUUGAAUCCUGAAGGUGGAAGCAAGGGCAAAGUGUGUGUUAAGGCCAGAGAAGAAGUUGGUUUACUUUAUGAGGAGCAGUUGACUGAUGUAGACUAUGACAGUGAAGCGAGCUAUACACAAACCUCAGAUAAUCUUUCAAGCAAAGUUCAGGGUAAGCAAGUGUCUGAGACCUACAGAACAUCAAAAGUUGCAGUUUUAGGCAGUGCAUCAGACAGUUUAAUGCUGCCAACAACAGUCACUGGAACAUCUGCAAGCCAGCAACUGUUGGAAGUAAGAGAGGGAGCUGGUGGAAGUGAUUUACUUGGAGAUGUUGAGGAAUCAUUAAUGGCAGAGGGCAAGGCUAAAGUGGAUGGAGCUGAGGAGUGUCUUCAGUCAUCUGUAAUUUCUUGUACUGAAAAUAAGAAAAACUACUGUUAUAUUUGUGGGAAACCACAGUCAAAAAUCUCUCGUCUUCUGAAAACACAUAUGGCAGAAGGUGAAGUUGCAAAAGCACUGUCAAUGCCAAAGAACUCAAAAGAACGUAAAGUAUUGCUGCAGAACCUUAGAAACAAGGGCAACUAUCAGCAUAAUUCCGAUGUUGUACAGAAAGGAACUGGGAUGCUCAAAGUCAAACGAAGACCAACCAGAAUUUGCGAUUCCAAAGAGUUUGUGCAUUGCAUGUACUGCAAAGCGAUGUUUGUCCGUAAAGACCUAUGGCGACAUGCAAGAAGAUGUUCUUUAAAGCCAGGAGAACUAAAUGAACACCACGGUAGGGCCAGGGUUUUGGGUUUGGCAGCCUUGGCAGAGUCUACAUUCCCACACCAGAUAUCGCCUGGGGUUUGGAAGCUUUUAAGUGCAAUGAAAGAAGAUGACGUUGCCUCUGUAGUACGCAAUGACUUCUGCAUUCUUCAGCUAGCACAGUCUUUCUUCAAUAAACAUGGAAAUGACUCUACCAAAUAUGAAUAUAUUCGACAAAAGCUUCGUGAAAUUGGAAGAUUUUUGUUAACUCUACGCAGCAAUUCUCACAUACACAGCCUUGAGGAAGCUGUAAAACCUGCCAACUUUCCAAGUGUUGUUCAAGCUGUCAAAACAGUGUCUGGCUAUGAUGAAGAAAUGAACUGCUACCAAACUCCUAGCCUAGCAUUAAAACUGGGGCACACCUUACAAAAGGUAUGUGAGAUCAUCCAUUGUAGAGCUUUAAUGGCAGAGGAUGAAGAGCAAAUCAAGUCAACUGAAACAUUCAAAAAACUGUAUACCAGCAAGUGGUCAGAGCUCAUCUCCCACAAUGCUUUAAACUCACUGAGUGAAGCAAAAUUUAACAAGCCAUUAACGCUGCCAUUUACCCAUGAUGUUCAGCUGCUUCAUAAACACCUGGAAACAAUUGCAGAUGCAUCAUCCGAAAACUUGAAGAAGGCACCAUCGCCACAAAUCUAUGCAGAACUUGCUAAAACCACACUUGCAAGAAUAAUUCUUUUUAAUCGAAGACGUGCUGGGGAAGUCUCCAAAAUGCAGACAAAAAGCUUCCAAGAAAGAGAUAACACGCAUCUUCAUGAAGAUGUUGCAGUGGGCCUUUCUAAAUUUGAACAGAAACUUUGCAGCCACUUCAGCAGGGUUGAGAUCAGGGGUAAAAGGGGGAGGAAAGUCGCUGUGCUUCUUACACCAAACAUGGUGGAUGCACUCACACUUUUGGUCAGUAAAAGAAAGGAAUGUGGGGUACUGGAUUCCAAUUCCUUCUUGUUUGCCAGACCCAACUGCCAAAGCCCUUACAGGGGCCAGGACUGCCUGCGACUCUAUGCAUCUCAUUGUGGUGCUCAAAAUCCAGAACAUCUUAGGUCAACACAUUUGCGUAAACAUGUGGCCACUCUCUCACAAAUUCUUAACCUAAAAAACAAUGAAUUGGAUCAAGUUGCAGACUUCUUGGGACAUGACAUCCGUGUACAUCGUGAAUACUACAGGCUCCCAGAAGCAACAACUCAGCUAGCUAAAAUAUCAAAACUCCUACUGGCCAUGGAAAAAGGGGUUCUUCCUGAACUUCAAGGCAAAUCACUUGAUGACAUUGAAAUUGAAGAUCAUAUCAACACUGAUGGCAGUGAUGGAAGUGAAUCUGAGAAUGGCACUGAAAGUGAGAAUGUGGAUGUGUCUAUGAGUGCACCAGUGCAGAUUGCGAUGCAGAAGGAUCACCCACCAAAAGAAGCCAAAGCUGGAUGUUCUGCAGUGGUGCAGGACAAUACUGUAGCAGAGACUGAACGCACUAGAAAGAGGUCUAGAAAGACGGUACGAACACAGUGGUCUAAACGUGAGGUCAUGGCUGUCAUGAAACACUUCAAGUCUCAUAUAACCACAGGAAAACUGGCCACGAUGGCAGAGUGUCUGCAGUGCAAGGCUGCUGAGGAUCCUGUGCUGGCAGGCCGUACAGCACAAAAUAUACGAGAUUUUGUUCGAAACAGGGGAAUAACUUUUAAAAGGAAAUCCCAAUGUAAUUGAAAAUCGUGAUGGGAUGCUACAUAAAGGUUCCUCUGAAAGUAACAGAAAGCAAGCUCAGUUAGUCUGUUUUUGCUAUAUGCUGAAGAUGUUUGGGUUUGAGGUCAAAAGAUGAAUAUGAGAUGAUGGUUUAGAAUUUCAGCUUUCAUUUCCUGAUUUUUAUAUCUGUGUUACACAGCUUAAAACAUGGCACCUUUGGUAUAGGCACAAAUUCUCUUAAAGUAAAUUAAACAACACUUAAUAUUUGGUUCAUAUCCCUUGCUUGCAAUAACUAUCAAGCCAGCAUACAUACAUCCCAUAUACAUCGCUCAAAACAAGAGUAGCUGUUCAUAGCUACUAAUUCUUUAAACUAUCAAGUUAACAGGAUACACCUGGGCAACAAGAAACACCAGUCACAUGUUCCAACAUACUUCAUCACUUGAAAAUAAAAUGUUUAAAAAAUCUAAGGAAAUCUAGGAAAAAAAGCUAAAAUUCUGAGCUAUCGUUUUAUAUUCGUCAUUUGAUCUUAAACCCAGAUGUCUAGGUAUAGGAAAAACAAUAUAAUUGAACUUGCUUUUCAGAGGGGACUGUAUUUAACAGAGUUAAAAAUUAUGUUAACAGUUAACAGUUAUGUUUUUUAAGUGCUCAGUUGUAGUAUCCCUAACCUGAGUUGCUUAAUGUUCUGUAAUUGUUGUAUAGAAGGACUUGUUCUGUUAAGUCACAGAUGACCCGGUAAAUCACCAUGUGGUCAUGUUUGUGUUUGUGUUUGUGUUAAGUCGAGUACCAAUAAAACAUGCCUGUCCUUCUAAUACAGUGUAAAGUCUUUUUUUGUGUAUUGUUAAACUGAUGUCCCGAUAAAGCGGUGUGACCUUAUAAGUACCAAUUCUGUCGGAGGCGGGAGCUUCUCAGACGGUCCUUAUAUGCAACCAUAAUGUCAGGUCUUGUGUUUAAGAGUUUAAUUUUGCGUAGAAGAAAUCUGAAGUGAAAUUUGUCUUGCUCAAAAAAAACCAAAUUUUUUGAUGUUUACGGCAUUGCUGUAGCACAAAGGGAAAGGUGGGUCCCCUUAAACCACGUUUCAACUGGUUUGGCCGGCAAAGUCCUCGUAAGACUUAAAAACCAGUAUGUGUGUGUGUGUGAGCUGUGUGUGUGAGCUGUGUGUGAGCUGUGUGUGAGGUGUGUGUGUGUGAGCUGUGUGUGUGAGCUGUGUGUGAGGUGUGUGUGUGAGCUGUGUGUGAGCUGUGUGUGAGGUGUGUGUGUGUGAGCUGUGUGUGAGGUGUGUGUGUGUGAGCUG